UCCGAAGGUGGUGGUGGGUUUGUGAAGGUUGUGAAAUUAGAUAACUGUAGAAAUGUUAACUUUUCGCGAAUAAAAUUCUUUGAUAGACACCCAUUCAAUUUAAUGUUUACUAUAUUCAAAUAUGAGCGACAAUUAAGCAUAUAUUAUAAAAGAAUGUAAAUAAUAAUUAUCAAAGUAAAUACCAUACAAUAUGGAAUUAGAUGAGGCAGAAAUAGACUCAAGCAAUAAAGAGAAGACAUUUAUAGACCGAAUUCUGGGUGAAAUGAAAAAUCAAUUUAAUAAAACAGAAAAGAAGGCUGCACCUGAACUAAUGAACCUACCUGGAAAUAAUGAAGUAUUUACCAAUGGAGAUGUUAACUCUCGCUGUAUUAUAAUUUCUACGGAUCUAACUCCCGAAGGAGAGCCAUUCGAAAUAAUCUCGGAACAGGUAUUAUCGCCUUCCAAAGAUGAGCUGGAGGAGAACGACAAACAAAUUGAACCCAACAACGAAGACGAAACUGAAUCCACCAAAGGCGAUAAAGAUGAACAGGAAGAUAAUGAUAGCGAAAAGCCUCGUAUAGUAUUAACAUUUCGUAAACCAGCCGUGGAAGAUAAUCUUAAACCAAAACCAAAAAAUGUUGAAGGUAAUGCUGGAACGGGCCGAAGAACUCUUAGGGCAAAAUUGCAAAUGGUCGACGAUGAUAAAAUGAUUUUGAAACGUUCGGCCAGGAGACGAAGUAGGGAUUGCAACGAAUCGGUUUUGCAAAGUGCGAUAGCGCGGAAGGAAAAAUCGUAUAACGAAGCGAAUAAACCGCAAAGAUUGACGCGUCAAUUAAAGCCGACUCCAAAAAUUUUAGAAAAUUUAGCUAACGCAGCUUUAAAAUUAGAAAAAACAAAAUGUGAUAGACCAAAGGUUUCGAAGUCUGCCGAAAAGCAUAAGAUCAUCGAUAGCGAUAGUGAAGAUUUGGACGAGAAUGUACAAAGUGAAUCUGACGUAGAGAAUGAAAAAAUAUAUAAGAAAGUGAAGCACAAACAUAAUAGAAGUCCAAAACAUAUUGCAAAACGGCUGAAGAAUGAAGUAUCGAAAGACUCGGAUUCUGAUCACAGUAGUGAAUUGAAUGAGAGCGGCAUUAAGUAUAAUUGUAAUACAUGUGAUAUUAAAAAUAGAAAUUCUAAAACGCGUGCUUCCACAGAAGAUAGUUCAUCUCCAUGUAGAAGAUCUCAUAGAUUAUCUUCCAGAAACAAGGAUGACUUGAAUGCAAAUGAUGAUUCAGGAAAAUCAUUAGAAAUAAUUGGUGAUAGCUGUUAUUUGGAAGAUAGUGAUUGUCAAGGUACCGAAGCAGAAUUAAUUGCGUCUCGUCUUUGCCUCUGUGUUCAGAAAACUCAGCUGUUUAUCUCCACUGUUGAUGAUGAUGUAGUGUAUUGUACAGCGAUAGAUAAUAUUGGAGAUCGUCUUGUUGGGUGUAGUCGUAUAGAAUGGUCACAAAUAUGCUUAAUGCGGCCAUCUCCUAGGGUUCCUUUUAUCAUCUUGUGCGAAGUACAUUUAAACAGAAUGAUUCGUCACAACUGUUGUCCAAAGUGUGGACUAUUUUGCACUCAGGGUCAGUUUGCUCAGUGUGAAGCUAAACAUCAAUAUCAUAGAGAAUGUCAAUUAACUGUGGCAGGGAACGAUUACUGUCCUCACUGCGGAAUUGCCACUCCAGAUGCAGAUGUACUUAUUACAAUGCAUUCUUCCAGAAAACCAAUAUUUUUACCUCUACAAAAAUCUCAUUACCCAUCCGCCAAAAUGAGUUUUCAUUACGUGAAAAAAGAAGAUACCAGUGAUGUAAAGUUAUCACCAAAUCAUUCGUCAGAUUUCGUUGAUGUUGUUCCAAGCAAAAAUUCUUUAACCUCCGAACCCUGUGAUAUGAAUAUCUUAAUAGAUAAUAUUAAGAAUGGUGACCAUGAAAAAUUGAGUGCAAUCCUAGGACAACAAAAUCUUAAAUUAAGCACUACAUUUGAAGAAUUUCAAAAUGGAACUGCUUUACAUUAUGCUGCUGAAAUUGGUAACUUAACUGCAGUGCAUUUGCUUGUGUUAGCAGGUGCCGAUUUAGAUGUAUUCAACAAAGAACAGCAUACCCCUAUUGUAUGUUCAAUUCUUGCAUUUAAACAUAACGUAGUGAAAUACUUAAUUAAAGCCGGAGCUAGUUUAGAUUUAAAAGGAAUGGAUGGCAUGACUGCAUUGCAUUUGGCCGCAAAAGCGGGAAACCUUCCUGCUUGUAAAUUACUAUUGGAAUCGUUACCUAUAAAUUUAAAUUUUGUGAACAUUCCGGACGAUGGAGGCUGGACGCCCUUGGUAUGGGCUUGCGAACAUGGCCACUUUGAAAUAGCAAAAUUUCUUAUCCACAAUUCGGCCGAUCCCUUACUGCGUGAUGUUGAACAAAACAUAGCCCUACACUGGGCCGCGUUCAGUGGCAGCUCAGAUAUUGCCGAAUUACUGUUAAAUUGCAAAAGUGACGUAAAUGCUGUAAACGCUUAUGGCGAUACACCCUUGCAUAUUGGGGCUCGACAGAACAGGUAUGAUUGUGUUCUGAUACUUCUCGCUAGAGGGAGCCGUGUACAUUUAUUAAAUAAAGCGGGCGAAUCUGCUUUGGACUGUUGUCACCUUGGAACUGAAUGUUAUAAUAUAGUAUCUUUAAAUGUUCAUCUGCAUUCUCUCACGUUAUCUGAAGAUAGACCUACUCGAAUUAUUUUAUGCAAUGAUAUCACUCGCGGGCGAGAAAAGAAUCCAAUACAGUGUGUUAAUAAGGUCGAUAAUGAGCCGAAACCUAGCGAUUUUGUCUACGUUUCCUCAAAUUGUAUUACGUCAGAUGAUAUUGUGAUCGAUCGCAAAGUUAACACAAUGCAUUUUUGUAAUUGUAUUAACAAAUGUUCUUCUUUCAAUUGUGUUUGUUGCAACAAUUCGUUGCAAUGCUGGUAUAAUAUCGAGGGAAAGCUUGUGACAAAUUUUAAUUAUCUGGAUCCACCAAUGAUAUUCGAAUGCAAUCAGUUAUGUAGUUGCAAUGCGUUAACGUGCAAUAAUCGUGUGGUACAGUAUGGUGUUACUCAAAGGUUUCAACUGUACAAGACGGAAAGUAUGGGAUGGGGUAUUCGGACCAUAUGCAAUAUACCUAAGGGGACAUUUGUCUGUGAAUAUAUUGGAGAAAUUAUUACGGAUGUAGAAGCCGAUCAAAGAGAAGAUGAUAGUUAUGUUUUUGAUUUAGAUAGUCGAGAUUCCGAAUCAUUUUGUAUAGAUGCGGGACGUUACGGCAAUUUUGCCAGAUUUAUUAAUCACAGCUGUGAUGCCAAUCUGGUACCGUUAAGAGUAUUUUUUGAACAUCAAGAUUUACGAUUUCCACAUAUUGCAUUUUUUGCUAUCAGAGAUAUAAGUGCAGAAGAAGAACUUAGUUUUGACUAUGGAGAAAAAUUUUGGAUAGUCAAAUACAAGUCGUUUACAUGUAAGUGUGGAGUUCCAAGUUGCAAGUAUUCUAAGAAUGUAAUUGCUACUACUGUGGAAAAUUACAACAAGCGACUGCAAGAUAGUGUAUAGAAAAUGUAGAUGAUUAAUUUAUGACGGUAUAUAUAGUGCUUAGUAGAAGCCAGUGUAAAAUAAGAGAGGUGUAUGGACUCUCUUGCUUUCGUGUAUGCACAAGAUGAAUCCAGGGCAUAGUAAAGGCAAUCUAAGGGAGUUGGGCUCAGUCUAUAACUUUUCUACUAGUUCUUAUGAUGCUUUGUUACGAAAAUCGCGGUCGCAAGCAUUGCAUGAUCGUUACUUUUGUAAGAAAGCACCUAAAGACUACAACAGCAGAAGUGUGAUAUACUGAGACCAAACUUGCACAAUUUAACCAGUAGUUCAUACACCUUUCUUAUUUUACACCAUGGUAGAAACUUAAAAUCAAUUGACUGAUAAUUUUAAUUUUUUAUUUAUUAUAUUACAAAUAGGUGUUGUUAAUUUUGGUAGUAUAGGUACUCGUUUUUAGUAUCCAUACAAGUCGUAAUAUUUCUUAAAAUUACACUGCUUAUAAUGUUACGGUUUUGC